UUUGUAUUGAGAACCUCUAUUCUGUUGUGAUACCAAAUCUUUUGACCAUCAUUGAUCCAAAAAAGCAUGGCUACCACAAUGCCCACACCCUCUGCAGCCGACGGCAACGAAAAAAUUUCCGAUCCCAUCAACAGGGUUGUUCCAAGCAAGGAGCACAAGUGGUGGCUCGAUAACAUCGAUCACAAAAUCACUCCCGAGUGUCGUAGACUUCUCGAGAAUUAUAGCAAGAUCUCGCCGGAGGAUGUUCGUCAACACAUAUAUGACAUUCGUGAAAAGGCAUGGGCAAUUCGUCCAUACCCGUGCACAGGUUUGGGUCGCUUCCUUGACAAUCUUCUCGCUCAGUCGCCAGCGUAUAAAGAUGUUGUUGCCCGACUCAAAGGCGGAGACUCAUUCAUAGAUAUUGGAUGCUUCCUCGGCCAAGAAUUACGUCAAUUGGUGUGGGACCUAAAUGGUGCGCCUACAGACCAGCUCCAUGCCGUGGACAUUGUCAAUCAUUGGGACUUGGGUUAUGAGUUUUUUCGUGACAAGGAUACUUUUAAAGUUGACUUUUUUGAAGAUGAUAUGUUGCAACCACGUGAAAAGUUGAAGGCAUUGCACGGAACGAUGGAUGUCAUUUUAGUGAACCAGAUUUUCCAUCAGUGGAAUUUAGAGAACCAAAUCGAGGGGGCUACGCAGUUAGUCAAAUUGUCUCGAGAUCGUCCAGGGAGUUUGAUACUAGGUUACCAAGCCGGCGUGCCCAAGCAACGGGAGUUACUUGGCCCCCCUGGCUCUAAAUACAGGUGCCUUCUUCAGUCCCCAGAGACUUGGAAGGAGGUGUGGGAUGAAGUUGGGAAGAGAACGGGAACGCAAUGGAAAACGGAAUCGAGACUGUUAACUUGGGAGCAACUCGGUAAUGAUCCCAAGGAGACUGCGUACAUGGGAACGGAUGUGUUGAUGAUGGAAUUUGUUAUUACCAGGGAGUAAUUUGAAACUUAGCAAGGGUAGGUGUAUGGAUUUGUGGACCCAUAGUUUCUUAGAGAGAGGUAGCAAUUGAGAAAGUGGACGUGCAUAAAAUGCUAUCAAAGAUAUCUUCAAAUGACUGAUUUGCUAGCCUUGAACUUAAAUUAGGUCUGAAGAAUUGAAAUUCGCCUGAUCAUGCGUCGUGUCAUAAUCCUGUGACUAAAUUUCUUGAAUGAAAUGUACUGAUUA